UGUUUGAGAAAAAAUCGCAUAAAUGUACACUUUCUAUUUAAAAGACUUCUUCUGUUGAAAUGUUGUAAAACUUCUUAUGUUCUUGGAAUGAUUGCGAACUGUGCAGAUUCAUUUAGUUUCAUAACUCAGGAAUAAAUAGUGUAUAAUUGCUGUUCGAAUUUUGAAUUUAAAGCAAAUGCUGAGCUGAAUCACCUGUAAGACAUCUAUAUCUUCCUGUAUAAUUUAUUAUGGAUACAGCGUACUCAGCUGAAAUUAUUAAUAAAUUUAGUGACAUGAAGCUACACGGUAAAAAUGAGUACGGAAAACGGAAUCUCGAUCGAAUUUUAGAUGUCAAUACUCCUUCAGAUUGCAGACCAAAAUCGAACUUCACUCCUGCCAUCUGCAAUUUUCAAACAGCCAGAAAGAUGGCACAAGAUAAUUUAGAACAUCAACCUUUACCAGAUGCUGUAAUGGACAUUGCUUUUCGAAAAGCUCAAGUAGCAGGAUCAUCCAAUCCUGGCGUUGCACUAGAAGUUGGGCCAUACGCUACAGGUGUUGGGUGCAAAAACUAUAAGGCUGGCCCAACAAAAUGUACCAAGUAUAGAGUAUACAGACCAAAAACAUGUGGUGUCAUCCCAAAACCUCUUAGUGCUAUAUAUUUGAAUGAGAAAAUACCUGAUUUUAUAAAACAAGAAAAGGCUUGUGCCAUGGAUUUAGCAAUUGGAUGGGACUAUCGUACUAAACGUGAACCGAGUCAAGCUAUCUAUUUGGAUGGGACAAAAGCAUCAGUAGCACCACCUAUUUUUGAAGUCGUGAAAUCAUCAAAACAGUUGAAUUUACCUAACGUUGUUCAUUCCGGUGGAGUGUUCUUCAACACCCUUGGAGAGAAAGAUUUUUUUGAUCGUGAUAUUAUUCGUCAGCACAAUGACUACACCAAAACUUAUAAUCUAGCUAAUCGCUGUACGUGUAGUGAUGAUGCUACAGCAAAUCCAACUAAGCCGAAUCUCGAUAAUACACAUGACAGUAAUUCAAAACGGUCAAUUAAACGAGAUUUCGCAGAUCUACCUGAUUUGGAUGAACAACGAAUUAAAGAUGCCCCGAGUAAAUGUCAUACAGCAGAUAAGCAAGUAUACACUCACACUAUGAUGACACAUUCACCUAUAGAUAAAAAAAACGAUAACAAAAUUCAUCGUAUAUGCCGUGAUACGCAACAGAAUGAGAUCACAUAUAAAAUACAACAUGAAUUCAGAUGUGCUUUUAAAGUUGGAAUACCCCAAAGUAAUUCAUCAGGAAACAUUACAAGCUUUGACAGAGGAAUUUCAAACAGUCAUAGGAAAAAUAGACCACGUAACUUCUUUGUUCCCAAACCUAGGGAUCCAUACAUAAGAAAAAAUUACGUAAUAGACACAUUAGCACCUCCUUUUGCUUUCUGGAAGAAAGGAUCAGGUUAUCCAGAUUAUUGGCGUCUAAUUAGUGUAUAUCAACAUGCAUAUAAGCCAGCGGAAAAACGUAAACACCCCUUGCUAAAAACUGUUUAUCAAUAGGUAGAUGAUGUAAAUUAUUGUCACUCUAAAUAAAAUAAUAUAUCACUCAA